ACCCAUCACAACGAAAACGGCAACGAAGAAGAUUUUGGCUUUCUUUAGCUCCGUCAAUGAAUAAAUACACCUUAUAAAAGACGAUUUUAUUGUAAUAAGUGGUCUUCUUCGACCCAAAAUCAUCUUAGUAUAGCUGUCACGUUAAAUGAGCAAUCCUACAAUCUUUGGUGCACUUGUAUGGCGUUUCCGGAUGAAAACCAGCUAGCAGGAUAUUUUUAUUAUUGAUUGUGGGAACGAUGCCGCUGGGCCUGAAGCCAUGCUGCACCGUCUGCAAGACCAACUCGUCGACCAUGUGGAAGAAAGGAAACCAUGGAGAGAUUUUGUGCAAUAAUUGCUCGGUGAAGAGCAGCAUCGUUACCAGCGGUGUUGGCGGCGGCCCGUCGGCAGCCUCCGCGUCGUCUAGCACUCAGCCCAGCAAUGGUGGAGGCAAGCAGUCAAAGCAGGAGAUCCACAGGCGGUCGGCGCGUCUGAGGAGCACCAAGUAUAAAGCCCCAGCGUCCGAGAAGAAAGUGUCCACCAAAGGCAAGGGCCGGAGACACAUUUUCAAGCUCAAGAAUCCAAUCAAAGCGCCCGAAUCCGUCUCCACAAUUAUCACGGCGGAGUCGGUGUUUUACAAGGGCGUGUACUACCAGAUCGGCGACGUGAUCAAGGUGACGGACGAAGAGGACGGGAAGGCCUACUAUGCCCAGAUACGAGGCUUCGUUCAGGACCAGUACUGCGAGAAGAGUGCUGCGCUCACCUGGCUCAUUCCCACACAGGCUAGCCCCAAAGACCACUUUGACGCCGGCACCUAUAUUUUGGGUCCGGAGGAGGACCUGCCCAGGAAGAUGGAGUACCUGGACUUUGUGUGUCACGCGCCGUCCGAGUACUUCAAGUCGCGGAGUGCCCCCUUCCCCACUGUCCCCGUGCGGCCGCAGAAAGGUUACAUCUGGACGCACAUUGGGCCUACGCCCGCCCAUGCCAUCAAAGAAUGCGUGUAGCGCAGAUGACGUUUUAACAGACACGGACUCGGAUUGACUUGAACAGUCAUGUGUUAUGUUGUUGUUUUACUUGCAGUCACUAAGUUGGCUUUGUUUGUUUCCUUUGUGUCUAAUGCCUUGUAAGCUUUGUUUUGUAAAAUAAUAUAUAUGUAUAUAUUCCUCUUGA